AUGCUUUUCCCUUCUUGUGAUAGUCAGGCUUUCACCUCUGUGGACAUGGACGUGGGAAAUCGCACCAUCCUGACUGAAUUCAUCUUGUUGGGUUUCUCAGCGAACCCCCAGUGGCAGCUGAUUCUAUUUGGAGUGUUUCUGAUGCUCUAUUUGAUAACCUUGUCAGGAAACAUGACCUUGGUUAUCUUAAUCCGAAUUGAUUCCCACUUGCAUACGCCUAUGUACUUUUUCAUUGGUAAUCUGUCUUUUUUGGAUUUCUGGUAUACCUCUGUGUAUACCCCCAAAAUCCUGGCCAAUUGUGUCUCAGAAGAUAAGCGCAUUUCCCUGGCUGGAUGUGGGGCUCAGCUGUUUUUUUCCUGUGUUGUAGCCUACACUGAAUGCUAUCUUCUGGCAGCCAUGGCUUAUGAUCGCCAUGCAGCAAUUUGUAACCCAUUGCUUUACUCAGGUACCAUGUCCACUGCCCUCUGUACUGGGCUUGUUGCUGGCUCCUACAUAGGAGGAUUUUUGAAUGCCAUAGCCCAUACUGCCAAUACAUUCCGCCUGCGUUUUUGUGGUAAAAAUAUCAUUGACCACUUUUUCUGUGAUGCACCACCAUUGGUAAAAAUGUCCUGUACAGACACCAGGGUCUAUGAAAAAGUUCUCCUUGGUGUGGUGGGCUUCACAGUCCUCUCCAGCAUUCUUGCUAUCCUGAUUUCCUAUGUCAACAUCCUCCUGGCUAUCUUGAGAAUCCAUUCAGCUUCAGGGAGACGCAAGGCAUUCUCCACCUGUGCUUCCCACCUCAUCUCAGUCAUGCUCUUCUAUGGAUCAUUGUUGUUUAUGUAUUCAAGGCCUAGUUCCACCUACUCCCUAGAGAGGGACAAAGUAGCUGCUCUGUUCUACACUGUGAUCAACCCACUGCUCAACCCUCUCAUCUAUAGCCUGAGAAACAAAGAUAUCAAAGAGGCCUUCAGGAAAGCAACACAGACUAUACGACCACAAACAUGA